AUGGCGCCAUAUAAAACCACCCUUGCGUCCUAUAAGUUGAGGUUUAAAGGGAAAGCACAGUCACCACACGACUCGUCCAGUCCAGCUCCAGUGAUGCGGAUUCUUCUGAUGGGCAGGAAGGGUUCUGGGAAAAGCUCAUCAGGAAACACAAUACUGGGACAAAGGAAGUUUCAAGUUAAAAGGCCUCAAGAUGAUGUUUGUGAGGAUACGUCACAGAUCAAUGGAAAGCAGGUGCAUGUGAUUGAUCCUCCAGAUCUACUGGAUCCAGAUCUCUCUAAAGAGAAGUUUAAGAGUCUGAAAGAGAAAAGACAAAAAGUGGAAAAUGAGGAAGAGAUUUUAUAUUUGAUUAAUGAUAUAUUAGGACCUGAUGUCCAGAAAUACAUCAUGGUUCUGUUCACACAUGGAGAUGAACUGGAGGAUCUGGACCAGACCAUUGAUGAAUAUCUACCAGACAAAGAUCAUGCGGAUCUACAGCAGCUGGUGACAGAAUGUGGAGGAAGAUUUCACUGUUUCAAUAACAGGAGUAAAGAAAAAGAUCAGGUCACACAAUUACUGCAGAAGAUUGAGAGAAUGGUGGCAGGAAACGGUGGGACAUUUGUCAGGGCACAGCUGACACGGAAAUCAAGCAAAGGCACUGGGGUUAAUUUUUCACAAGCGAGUCCAACAGAUGAAGAUCCCUGUGAGCAUCAGAUUCCUGAUGAAGAUCAGCUCAGACUGGUGCUACUGGACAAAACUAGAGCUGGGAAAAGUGCAACUUUGAAUGAUAUCUUUAAUGACUCAAACUCUCCGACAGAAGAGUGCAGCUGUAAAUCCACCGUGAGGAUCAGUAAAGAGAUCUCAGUGAUCGACACUCCUGGACUUUAUGAUACUGAACUCAGUGAUGAGGAGGUUACGACUGAAUCUGUGAAGUGUAUGAGCUACUUCUCUUCUGGAGGGGGCCGAUUCAUGGUUUAUUAUUCCAGAGUAGUCGAUCUAACAGAAUGGGAGAAAAUACUCCGGCAUUUCAGAAUUGUAGAGGAGUCCCACAAUGAAGCACUGAACUCGAUCUCUGCUAUUAUUGGCAUGGUAUUGUAUCUUUCUGUCUGAAGAACACAGGAAUGAUCCCUGGAGGUCCCAUAUUAAAGGCAACUAGUUAAAGAGAGACUGUGCAUAAUUCAGUGAGACUAAAGACGCUGUAGACUCAAGUUAAGCAAGCAUACCUCAAAUCCAUUUAUACACUGAGAUAUAGUGCAACACAACUGUACAAAUGAAACAGACUCGUGAUGUUUGAAUCUCAUGAAUCAGAUAAUCCGGCUGUUAUUUAACUCUGUUUCUCUCAGAGAUGCUGAAGCUGCUGGGAUGGAGGACAGAUGUGAUGCUCCUGUUCACAUAGUUACAUUUAGUACAUUUAACCUGAAUCGUUCUCAAGGGAUAUUGAUUAUUUACUUUACACAAACACAUUUAAAUUUGAGUAUAUAUCUUUUAUAUCCACCAUUUAGGGAUGGAGACGCGUCGACAACCAUAUGUCCAAAACAACAUUGUAAUGCCUUGAUACUUUAUUGAUGUGUUUUUAUACUCUUUUGCAGGAGUCGUUCACAAACUGCACACGUGUUAAACGUAUAAAGAUGUUCUUCGUUGCUGGCAAAUGACUGGACACAUGUGUAUGUUUGUGUUGAUUUUAAAUCAAUGUCCUCUACAAUAAACCUUGUCUCUGUGUUUUUAAAGUAAUCCUUGUUGAUGAGCAGUGGUGGAAAGUAACUAAGUAUUUUUACUUUGUUACUGGACUUAAGUACAUUUUUCGAGGAUCUGUACUUUUACAGAGUAUUUUUACUUUGGUGAAACUUUUUACUCCACUACAUUUAUGAAAAUCAGGUUGUUCCUGAUGUUGAAUAAAAUACAUGAAAUCCAAACAUAUCUGCAUUUAUAAUAUUCCUGUCAAAUAUAACUUGCA